CACCCUGCGGGUCUCCCUUGGGAGGCCGCUGGAGGAGGGAAGCAGGAGAUAGCCAGCCUAGGCAGGCACGCCGCCUCACCCGGCGCCUGUGGGCAAGGCGGAACAAGGCCAUGCCACCGGGCCACAGGCUCCUCUUGAGGGACGCGACUGUCCCCGUCAGCCGGCCGACCCCCCCGCACUCCCCGCCCGCGCUGUUGUGCUGCCCCAUCCUGCGCACGCGCGCAGAGGCAGUAUCACGGGGUAGGCGCUGCCCCUCCGGUGUUCUCCGCUCUCCAAAGCUCUGCGGGCGCUCUCUCGCCUGCUCCGCUGCAGCGUACGGAGCCAGCGGUGUCGCCGCAGCCGGGAAAGGCAGCGCGGCGAGGGCAGCCCUCGCCGUCUUCCGAGGAUAUAGCGGCCCGCGGACGGGGUGCUCUCCUGGGCGCAGAGGUCGGGCACAGCAGGGUUGGGGUUGGGCCUUUUUGGGGCCGCCCGGAUCCCGCCGCGAACCCCUCUAGUGGAGGUCGGAAGCGUCGGCGGGUUUCGCGGCUCCCCGUGGAGCUGCCUCCGUGGUCGUCAAGGAGGGGCGUGGGGCCGCUCGGCCGCGGCCUGAGUCCCGGUGGUGCGGCGCGAAGGCCGCGCUGUAGAUCCCCGAGAGGGUCCGGGGCUGCAACCUUGGGGAAGGGAGACGGGGAGAGGCUGGGGGUUGAACUGGAAAUUUGAAGGGACGUGGCCCGCUUAAAAAUCGCCCUUCGGUUGCAAGUUUACAAGUUUAAAAGACGCGGUGACUUACUGCUGGACUCGCUUCGGCUGUCAUGUGACGGUCUGUGGUCGUUACAUUUAAAAAUGUUUCAUGGUUUCAGCUCUAUUUGGCUUAUUUAUAUCGGUUGUUUACUGAAGUGGAGGGGUGGGGAUCGAGUUGCGUUCUAGGCCUCUUGGCACACAAGAUGAAGCAGAAAACUUUGAACUGGCUUACUUGAUCGGGGUUGAAUUUGAAGUUGAUAGUAUAGCUCUGAGUCCUUGCCUGUGCAGAAUCACCCUGGAUUUCUUUGCACUGGUGGUCAGGUCAAUGACGUGGUUUUCAGCUGAAAAAGUUAAUUUUUGUACGUUACUCUUUAUGUUCAAAGUCUUGCUGGGUUUGAACUAGACUUGCGUUUGAUUUGUGAGUCGCUCUUACGAUAUCCUUGUAGAAUGGAAGAUUCCAAGGCUUGUCUUGUACCAGCCAGUGUGCUUGAGUUUUUCUUGCUAGGAUCUUGACACCAGCACUUUGUUUUUGUGAGCUAUUGGUUUGAAUUUUCUGGUACGCUCUUUGUACAUUUUUCAGCUGACGUAGAGGGAGCACGGUAUCCAUGUUGUUAAUCAUAAGGGACAGUUUGUUUGCUUGUUCCCUGCAUUACUAACAGUAUUAGUCCUUCCUGCUUCUGAAAUGAGCAAUUGAAUUUAUAGUUAGUGGUGAAGGAACACAGCGCCUGAUGGAGGCUGGUGAGAGAGAGCAGCUGCUGAACAAAAGUUCUGCUUAGAACUGUUUCACUGUCAAGUGAAUCAACUGUUGAUACAUCUGUGUUUUAAAUAAAGUGGUAGUGAAGAGGGUCUUGUUACAGUAUCAGGGCCUUGGUGUGCAAUUACCUUUCAACUAUUAUUCAGUUUUGUUUUGUUUUUUCCUUAGUGUUUUUAAACAGGUUAUGUUUAGAAGAAAGUUUCUACUGUGUUUGGCAAUGGUGUCCAAGCUCAUCGAUACUUCCUUUGUAACUUCAUGGUAAAACAGCUUCUGAGAGUAUCAGUUUAGUUACCACAUCAUCUGGAUCCAGAGGUCACUUUUAAGAAAAUGUGGACUGCUAAAAGUCUUUGUAGUGCUCAAAUACUGUUGCUUCAGUUGAAAAAAAGCAAAUCAUGUAGUUGUACAUUUCAAAAAACUCAGCAGUUCUGGAUUGGAAUUCUAAACUAUUGCACUGUAAGAGCACCCUGUAACAGAGUUCAGUUCCAAGUUUCAAAGAUGAAUGAUAAACAAUCAGUAGUAGAUCUGGGAAUGGCUACAAGUGCAGAAGGAACUAAAAUAGCUGCUGGAAAAAGUCCCAGUGGAAUGCGUGAUAGAAGCCAACAUUCAUUAGAAGCAAAAAUGAAACACAUCAAUCUGUCAUUUGCGGCUUGUGGUUUUCUGGGUAUUUACCACUUGGGGGCAGCAGCUGCUUUUUACAAGCAUGGUAAGAAGUUACUGAAAGAUGUGAAAGCUUUUGCGGGAGCUUCUGCGGGAUCACUGGCUGCCACUGUCUUAUUAGCAGUACCAGAAAAUAUAGAGCAAAGUAAGCAGUUUGCGUAUGGAUUUGCAGAGGAAGUUAGAAAAUUGGACUUUGGUGCUGUAACGCCUGGUUAUGAUUUUAUGAAGACACUUAGGGAAGGCAUAGAGUCUAUUCUUCCUCCUAAUGUUCAUGAAAUAGCUGAGAACCGGCUUUACGUGUCAGUCACUAACACCAGAAACGGGGAAAAUCGCUUGGUUUCAAAUUUUGCCUCCAGGGAGGACCUCAUUAAGGUCCUGCUAGCAAGUAGUUUUGUACCAGUAUAUGCAGGAAUUAAGCCAGUGGAAUAUAAAGGAGAGAAGUGGGUCGAUGGUGGCAUUACCAAUGGCCUUCCUAUCUUGCCUUUUGGAAGAACUGUGACAAUUUCUCCUUUCAGUGGUCGUUUAGAUAUAUGUCCACAAGAUAAAGGACGUGUUGAUCUUUAUAUUAAAUAUGCAAAACAAGAUAUAAUGCAAUGUAAUCUACUUAAAAUGAAGAGUUGUGUAUUUUCAUUUCUCUGUACUGGAAUGUGAACAGUUUUGUGUCUCCUCAAACCUCCUCCAUCUAUUAGUGCCAGAAUUUGCAUAAUUGCUUACUUCAAAUAGUGAAGAUUAUUUUGAUAUUGUUUUGCAAAAUUGUGUAUAAUAGUCUGCAGCUAAAGUAUUAAUAAAUUAAUUGAACAUUAGUUUUAAUUUUGUUGUAAACAAUUUAAUAACAUCUGUACUUAAGAACAAAGUUACGAAAUCUUUUUACACCAUCAAAAUGACCACUUGAGAUGAUGAGUAAUUCUUAAUUUGUAAUAAAGCUUAAUUUGUACUCAUAUGUUAAACAUUGACUGGGAAUGUUCCCAAGAAUGUGGUUGUUUGCACUAGUAAGCUGUCAAAAUAUUUCCUUGCACAAGUUUAGCAUGUGCCAGGACCACUCUGCCAGACACUUCUGGGAAUGAUUCCAAAGUCAAAAUGUUUCAGAAACUUUGGGCAGUUUUACAGGCAUACAGGCUGUCUUGGAUGCUGUGAGUUUACGAGUGUAUAUGCAGACCCGUAGUGCCAGUUUGUCUUGGCGUUCAGCAGUGUACCUGGACAUGGUUAAUUCACUGGUGUAGACAUAGCCAUGCUGGACUUUUGUUUUUACAUAUGCUACAUGAAACAGAUGACAGUACAGAUAGCAACACAGUCAAGUCUAGAUAAGUUGCUUUAAUAAACUAAUUUAUAGCUUCUUGCUCUGUUGCAGCUGUCUCUGGCCAACCUAGUAAGACUUAAUCAAGCUUUUUUCCCACCAAACCAGGAGAAAAUGGAAUCAUUGUACCAAAAUGGAUUUGAUGAUGCUGUUCAUUUUUUACUGAAAGAAAACUGGUUUGAGUAGAUGGAACACAGAAAAUUAACAAAACCUGAUGGCUGUCAUAACAAUUCCUACAGAAUUUCAGGGAUUGCUGUCCCACUUCCCAUUUGUGAAAAUAAAAAAAUCGCAAUGGCAUUGCAUCUGAUUAUGCCGAGAAAGUAUCAGUUGCAUUCCAAAGACCUGUGUAAACGUUUCAGAAUGGGGAAUUGUACUUGCCUGGUAGUUGUCUUGUUUUGAGGAGAUUCAAGCUUAGAUCCAUUUUGCUUCAGCUGAGGACUUGAGUAUGGGAAAGUCUUUUUCAGUGUUAUUUCAGAGACAAAUCGACAUUGUACCAUGAAAAAUUGCGAUCUGUAUUGUUCACUUGAUGUAAUAGUUGUGCAUGCUAAUUGCAUGCUUGCAAUAUUGCUGAUCCAGUACCUACUUUGCAGUGUUCUAAAGGACUUGAACGCUUAGCACUAGCCAGAAGAAAUAAAACAUUUGCCCUUUAACUCUGUAUAUUUUUUAAUAUUAAAAGUUAUUGCCUUUUUCAGUGAAUGUGGUCUUCUAAAAUUUGAAAUACUAGUUGAAAUUUGUAACAGAAGUGUGAUGUUUGAAAAUAAAAAAUCUUGUAAAAAAGGGUAUAAGAAAUUGUUAUUUAUUAUGUUUACUUCCUCUGCUAAAAUUGAAUAAAUAUAUUUUAUUG